CUUGACGUAGGAGUGAUGAUCCCAAUGAAAGCCCGUUACUCACCCGAUGCCAGUGGCAAUGCGAUAACUUGGAGGAAAGAUGGAGGUGAUAUUCUUACACAAUUUGAGGGACAGGCACAGAUCAGCUUCCCAAACCCGAUCCAGAUAUCAGACCAAGGGAUUUAUGAGGUCUACUAUGAUGGCGAGAGAGGUCAGAACAGGGGAGGAAUAUACAGACUCAUUGUCAGAGAAUGUCCUGCUGGUAAGUGGGGUCCGCCUGAAUGCAAGGGUAUCUGUGAUAACUGCUAUAACGGUGGAGUCUGUGACGACAAGUCUGGUCUAUGUAUAUGUCCCAACAAUUUCAAAGGAAAUAACUGUUUACAAAUUUGUCGGGACGAUGGUGGAAAUCGUUUUGGCUUAAACUGCGAGUUUAGGUGUUCGUACAACACAGAUGGAUAUACUCGGUGCCAUGGAAAGCUGUUUUGCCUACCAGAUCCUUACGGAUGUACAUGUGAUGUUGGUGCUCAUGGUCAUGAAUGCAAUACACCAUGUUUUGUUGGUACGUAUGGCCCAGGGUGCUCACAGAGGUGCCACUGCGCAGGCGGAGCAUCAUGUGAUAUUUUCAGUGGAACAUGUCGAGGUGGAUGUCAGUCAGGCUGGUCUGGGGACAAUUGUCAAAUUCCUGAUGUGUGUAAAGACGGUUAUUAUGGAUCUCAAUGCAUUGAUAAAUGUCAUUGCUUGAACAAUCUACCUUGUAAUAAACGCACAGGACAGUGUCUUUGGAAGAAGUGUGAUAUAGGAUACCAUGUACGCAAUGACCGGGUCAAAUGUGACGUUCUUCCAGUCUUAGAGAACGCGCCAACUGUAGUGAGCAUUUCACCAACUACGGUGGGUCUUGAGUGGGACCCUUGGUCUGCAGAGGACCACAUGGGUGUUGCUAAUCUGAUAGGCUAUGAUGUCUUUGUAAAGAGAGGAGGUGAUAACUGGGUGAAGGAUCAGAGAGUAAACAGAUUCACCACAUCGGUUACUGUUAUUUACCUUUUUCCUGACACCGAGUACAGUUUCAGUGUAGCAGCGGUGCGAGAAGGAGAUGGUGGGACUGGGUCCCUGUCUCACCCGUUGAUCGGCCCAACAACUCUAUGCAUUGAACCCAGUGUUUCUCCAACUGGAUUACAAGUGGAAGCAUCUAGACCUAAAGAACUCCAAGUGGUAUGGGAGCACGUCCCUAGAGAAUCGGUAAACUGUAGGAGCGGAGUAACGUUUUAUAAAAUCUACUAUUCCCCCUCUGGAUCAGCUGCUUCAAACUCGAGCAUGGUUUCUAGUGAUGUGAACAACUACACAAUUACAGGUCUAGACACCUAUCUGGAAUAUACCAUCCAAAUAAGUGCAUGGAAUAAAGAUAAGGAAAGUAAGAAGAGCACAGAGAGAGUGGGCAAAACCCUGGAGGAAGUCGCCCCUGCUCCAAUCAAUGUGACCGUUCCGAGGAGUACUCCCAGUUCCUUCACCGUAUCCUGGGCCACUCCUCUACCAUCCAACCUCAAUGGAAACAUUCAGAAGUAUAAAGUCCGCUACCAACAAACUGAUCCGAGUGUAGAUGGUGUCCAUAAUACGGAGGACAUUAUGAUGAACCUGAUUAGAGGGGAGUAUACUGUUACAGACUUACCCGCAGAGACCAAUUACUCAGUGCAGAUACAGACAGUGAAUGGAGCUGGUUCUAGUAACUGGUCGGAACCUGUAAAUGCCAAGACUGUAUACUCAGGUUUGUCUACUGUCACUUAUGAAGUUGAAGAAACCGACAACACUUAUAAUGAAGUAUCUUAUGAUAGUAUGGCCGUUCACCAUCCUUACAAAGUAGACCUUCCACUGGUAACACGCCCAUCUUCGAAACAACCCAUCAAACCAAGUUUGAAACCUGAAAAACCAAAAGGGAGUCCGAUUACCAUGGUUACAUUAGUUCACCCUGCAUGCCCUGAGAGACUGGAAAAAAAAGAAUUGUCUUCAACGAUGCCGAAACCAUUUGUCCUGUGUGAGAAAGAGAAAUUGCGAAACUUGGGAAAUGAUGAUGUCAACAUUGACCAUGUUGGCAGGAGGAAGAAGAUUGAAACGCCAGUCCAGGCUCGAAGACAGGAAAAUAUCGUAUCACCAGAAGUGCUGUGGGACCGAACUAGGAUUCAGGAAAAUCUAGGAAAGGGUGGCACUGAAGAUGGUGAUACCGGGGACAUCUACCAAGACGUGACGAUUCCAUCAAUGGUGUUGGUAUCCGAGCUUGAGACAUACAUCCAGAGAAAGAAAAAUGGGCAUAUUAAUGAACUGGCCAAUGAAUUUGAUCUUAUCAGUGCCGAGCAACUCCAUCCUUGGAAUGUAGCAUCUAAAGAGAAGAACAAGGCUAAGAAUCGCUUUAGGAAUAUCCUUGCAUAUGACCAUUCUCGUGUUGUGCUUAAGAAGGUUGAUGGAGAUCUCCAUUCUGACUACUAUAAUGCUAACUACAUCAAUGAUUUUCGAGGGGAAAGAACUUUCAUAGCAUCACAAGCACCAAACACGGCAUCUUUGACAGCAUUCUGGAGGAUGAUUUGGCAGGAGAAUGUUACCACUAUCGUCAUGUUAACCAAGUUGAUGGAAGCAGGAAAGGAUCGCUGCAGACAGUAUUGGCCGAAGAACUCGGGAACCGUUGAAGUUAUUGGUGACUUUUGUUUGACCUUGAUGGAAGUCGAGCAGUUCUCGGAUCACACAGUGCGGACUGUGAUCGUUAAAAUGGUAAUGUUGUAUCAUAAAUUUGAUAAUAAACAAGGAGUCCUCGGAGGUGGUGUCGAGGAAAGACGCACCAUCACGCAGUACCACUACAGUUCUUGGCCUGACAUGGGCGUGCCGGAGUACUGUACCACCCUUGUCAGUUUUACCAAGUCUGUCAAUCAACAUUAUAAGAGGGUGCAAUCAACAGGACGAACAAGUCCUCUGCUGGUGCACUGCUGUGCUGGGGUGGGGAGGACUGGAACCUUCGUAUGUCUUUACAACAUGCUCGAUAUGAUGAAGGAAGAAGGUGGAGUUGACAUCUUUGGUUUCAUCUCCCGGAUGAGGGACAACAGAUUCAAGAUGGUUCAGAAGAAGGGGCAAUAUGUGUUCCUGUACAAUGCCUUGCUAGAGGCAUACCUUAGCGGCGAUACGGAAAUUCCGGCCGUCAAAUUCCGAGAGGUGAUGGACACGGCACAAAGUGGCAACUCCAUGACAAAGAGAGAUUUCAUUCACUUGGAAUUCGAGACACUGCGAACGGUGAAUCCAUCACCACCAGCUAAUAGCUUUCGAAGCGGAAGGGCUUCCAGUAAUCGCAGGAAGAAUCGCUUUCCUGAUGUUCUUCCACUGGAAAGUAACAGACCAUACCUUCUAUGCCGUGGACUAGAGGAUAGCACUGACUACAUCAAUGCAUCGUUCAUAAAUACAUUCCUGAAGAGAAAUGUGCUCCUUGCCACCCAGUCUCCGUUACCAAACACUAUGGUGGAUCUUUGGAGGCUUGUCAUUGAUUGGAAGUGCCCCGUCAUCGUUAUGCUGAAUGAAUUGGAUGGGGAGUCCUGUGUCCAGUACUGGCCAGAAGAAGAAAGCAUUACAUUUGGACCAUUAGAGGUCACUGCACUUGAAUCUGGAAGUACAGUAAACUUCGUCAAGAGGAAGUUUGGUGUGACUUCUGACACUGGACAGUGCAUCAACGUUGAGCAGUUUCAGAUGCUUGGAUGGGGUUUGUCAAACAAAAAGCCGAACUCCCCCCUUUCACUGAUUAAGCUCAUUGAAGCUGUUGAGGGCAGCAUUGAGAAAGCAGAAAGCAAGGGACCCGCUAUCGUUCAUUGCAUAAACGGGAUUGGUCGUAGUGGUGUUUUCUGUGCCUUGUGGUCAGUCUUUGAGAAGCUCAGAAAAGACGAUAACGUAGACAUCUUCCAAGCAGUCCAAAGGCUCCGGUCGAACAGACCCCGCAUGGUUGAAUCAUUGGAACAGUAUGAACUUUGUCAUGAAGUCGUGAAUGAAUAUCUGCAUCAGUUUGAAGAAUAUGCGAAUGUGGACACCAUCGAGGAUCAACUUCCUAUCAUUUGACAUUGAUUUUGUGAAGGCUACUUCAUUUGGACAGUGUACACUGGUUCACUUGCACAGUCGCUACACCACUUCUCCCUGCAUGCCCUGGAGAAGAAAUUAGUUCAUCAUUUGUUCCUAUACAUCAUCUCAACAUCCAGACCCUUUUUUGUUAUAUUAGAGGGAAUUCCCAUGAUUUUAAUGAGCAGAGUAAGAGUUGUUUUGGCAUGUCCUGUUAAUGCUCUAAUAAAACAAUCUGGGUGCAUAUAUACAGCGUAGCAAUUGAUCGUGAGACUGCUUGGUUUCUACAAUUAAUUGCAUAGAUUGUUUUGUAGGUUCAAUCGUCCCCGGUCUGCAAGAAACAUGAAACAGGAAGAAAAAAAAACACAUCGAAAUAUCUGUAUGUUGUCAUAAAAUGUACCAACGUAUCAAUGCCGAUACCUACUCACGGA